AUGUUACUGCAGGCUUCAAACGCUGUCGAAUAUGCUUUCGAGGCGGGAUACAAACACCUCGAUUCGGCUGCUGCUUAUGACAAUGAAGACUUUAUCGGACGCACACUCAGCAACUCAUCUGCAGCCCCCUCGCGCCACAAGUACUGGAUCACAUCCAAAUUGUGGAACACGGCGCACCAGCCCAAGAACGUGCGGCCGGCGCUGGAAAAAACGCUCCGCGACCUGCACGUCCCCUACCUGGAUCUGUACCUGAUGCACUGGCCCGUGGCGUUCUUGCCGGGCCAAAAACCCGGCCGCACCGUCAUCGACCAGGACACGAGCAUCCACGACACGUGGGCUGCCAUGGAGGAGCUGGUGGCGGCCAACCUGACCCGGUACAUCGGGGUGUCCAACUUCUCGCCGCGCCAGCUGGACAGCCUGCUGGCCAAGUGCAAGAUCCGGCCGCUGGCCCACGAGUUCGAGACCCACCCGUACCUGCAGCAGCAGGAGUUUGUCGACUGGCACCUCAAGAACAACAUCACCGUCAUCGCCUACUCGCCCCUCGCAAACAUGAACCCCACCUACGACGGCAAGUACUCAGACCUACCCCCCAUCCUCGAGGACCCCUUCUGGACCGACCUCGCCGCCACCAAGAACGUCACCCCUGCGCAGGCUAUCCUCGCCUGGGGCAGGCAGCGCGGAACCAUUGUCAUCCCCAAAAGUGUGCACCGAGAUCGGAUCGAGGAGAAUCUGCGGUCGCUCAAAGUGUCUUUCACGGACAAGGAGAUGCUGAAGAUCGUAGAACAGGACAAGAGGUCAAGGUUCAACAAUCCAAGCAAGAGUUGGGGUGUCGAACUUUUUGAGGGCUUGGAUGAUGGCAGUAGCCGCUUCAUGGUCGACGAGGAACUCUGA